AUGGAGAAGUUCAAGUUCUGUGCAACUUCUCUUGGCGAUGACGAAAAAGAAGGAUGGACGUCUCUCCUCUCCUCUCCUCGGCAUCUGAGUCCGAGUCGUCCCAAGGAGCGUCUCUCCUCUCCUCUUCUCUCUCUGCUUUUUCUACGGUUUCAGAGCUCUCUAUCUCCAUCGAUAUUGGUCGAUGGCCCACCGAUCAUCUUCCCAUCCAACCUCCACGACCUUGAAUCCGACGGAUGUGAUGACAUCAUCCGCCUCUCCGUCGAACCCCCAAUUUCCAUCUCCUCCUUCUCCCCUUCCCAGCCCGAUGAAUUCAUCAAAGGUGUCGUCUUCAAUCUCUCCGACAAGGACCUAUUCUGCAUCGAAGAGCAAGACAUCUUCGAUCACAUCUAUUAUCUCGUCAAGGAUUUCUCACAUCUCAGCCCUAAUUUCAAGUUCAAUCUCGUCGAAAGUCUCCUAUCCAAUCUCAGUGUUCUCCUCCCCAAUUUCGAUUCACUCUCGCGGGCCACUUAUCCGGCCCAUUUUGAAGGCGAUAUGUUCCUGGACCGGCUUGCAUCCUACCGCAAUGCAUUCAAGAUCUACACGUUCUUUCUGCUUACGAACGUGAGGUCAAAGGAGUCUAAUCAACAUGCCAACAACAACCAGAAGGCAACGUCACGUAUUCGCAAGAAACAGUCCUCAAAUUCAUGGAAUUUGGAAUCACAGAGGUGUCGGAUUCUCAAUUUGAUUGCUAAUUCUCUAGAGAUCAACCUCGCAUUGCUUUUCGGAUCAUCGGCUCCAGAUGAGAAUUAUCUAUCAUUUGUUGUCAAACAUGCUUUCUCUAUGUUUGAGAAUCAAGCCUCGUUGAAGGAUGCUGACACGAAAGAUGCUCUAUGUUGCAUAAUUGGCACAUGCGCUACCAAAUACCACUACAUAGUGUAGACUUGUGCCUUGAUCUUACACC